GCGUGUGCGUGCGCCCACUGCUCGCGGCUGGCUGCCCUCAACCCGCGGGACGUUCCUCUGCUUGGAUACUCGGGAGCACACUGCUCGACUUUUGACAGCGGAACGCCGACGCCCAAACAUCCACGCACUGGCUUUUCCCCUCAUACCCUCAUCCGCAGGCUGCACGGAGGCGGCGGCACAACCCCGGUUGGCAUGUGCGCAAAUCUGAUCGCUCGCCGUCUACCAAGCAGCCAACUCUAUGACCCCUUUACGGACAGCAGGCACAUGGCAAGGCAUGUGGAUCCAUCUGUUACAAGCCGUACCAGAGCAUGUUGCGUCGCCCGCUGCAAAGUCUAUCUGCCCAUCUACGUGUGUCGCUGCUCCCUCAGACCGACCGUUGCUCUCAUCCGGUCCUCGGCGCGCCGUUUCCAGCGGCUCUCAACUGUAUACUGUGGGACUGCGUCGAAUGAAUGAGCGAAUGACUUGUUUGAUUCAUUCAUUCAUCCACAGUGCAAUCUACAGCAGGAGACGUGAGGCCGGCGUCUUUCUGUAUUUGUCACGCAUGCGGUCCGCUUCGGUAGUUUGCUUUUUUAGCCUUGCAGCUCUCGCAACCCGUGGUUGUCAAGGCUUGUGGAUGGGCCGAGAUGAAUCCAUGUCCCCACGCAAAUGUACAGGUACCCAAAGCCAAGCAUCAUUCAGCAGAUUCAGCACCCUGGCCGUUAGAUCUCACUUUUGUGUGUGUGCGGAUGCGAUCGACCUGUGAGGCUGCACCUCGGCGUCCAAUAAUACCAUGCACCCCUGGCACCCACCACCAUCCUCAUCACCAUCACCGUCUACUGUCCUUACUUACCCCUUUACCGCUCGCCCUCGGGGAAUGCAUGGCGCACAAAAAGCAAAUUCGCCUCUGACCCGCUGUUCUGUUCCAUUCUCGACGUUUCAGGACUCCUGCCAAGUGCCCUGUAGCAAACAGACCAGCCCGCAACCACUUCCACCGUCGCCCGUACCCAUCUGUCCUGGCCGGUGCAUACGACAUUGAGACUAAUCCACCGUGGCCCUUGCUCCUCCACCCCUCCAGCCCCACCACCCGGCACCUCCUCUCUCAUCGGAUCGCUGCGUGCCGGCCGAUCGUUGACCCAGAUACAACAUCAUCGUUACCUCUCUGGGUGUGGCUGUGGCUGUCAUGUUCGUCGCCUCAAUAUUUCCAAGUUUUUUGUCGACACGAGCAAUGGCUGCAACCCGCUCAACCUCGCCGACAUCAACAACAAUGGCUUGUGUGUCGUUAUCGAAACUCUGCUACUGACUGUCCAUUGGCAGCUUUCCUGCCUUUCGCCUAAUUCUCUGCGGCCUUCC